AUGUCUGAAGGAUCGUCCUCGCAAAGUAGAAGAGUACUUUCUGAACAGUUAAUUCAGGAUAGCUUUCACAGCUACCUCAAAUCGUCUCUCACACAAGCAAAAAUUGAACGACUCCUAGACGAAAGUAUACUAAGUAGCGCGGAAGGCGACCUGAUGAUAACCGGCCCUGCCUUGUGCCUUUAUUUCGCUGCUCUUCGAUGCACUACAAAUCCCCCUUCUGUACCUCUUCCCCGGCGGGGUAAAUCCUCAGAACCAACGGAGCUUUCUGCUGAAAACUGUCCACCGGCAUUCACUUCAUUUCUUUCUGUAUGGGCCAAAUCAGUCCCAUCCAUCCAGGGACUAGCACCAGAGCACCAACAUGAUCUAGCGCGUAUCAUCUGUGGACUCGAACCGUUAUCUAUCCCCCCAUUACCAUCAUUGCAGGGUAUCUCAGCAGACUUGCGUGCUGUAGCUAUUGAAAUUAGUCAGAGGCGAUCUUUCCAAGAUCAAUAUGCCUCUGAUCUCCAGGCGGCUCUGGAUUCAGGUAAACCUCUCAGUAGUCCCAGAACAGUGAAAGCUUCAUUUGUUCCGCCACCUUCCUACGACGCACCUCCCCACCAAAAAUCUCCUCGCGGGUCAAGCGGAUUGCCUUUACGCAGCCCCUCUCCCACCAUCUUAGCGCCCAACUCGCCUGCAAUUGAGUUCAUACGUGAGACAUUAUACGCAUCUCUAGCCGAUGCCCUUGAUCGUCAACCUACUCUUCGCACCCUAUUGAAGCGCGACCUUCCCCGUGCAUAUUUCGCAUGCGUGGCCUUUGCAAUCCUUGACGUUGCAACGACGUCUAUGACACCAGAAGGAGGGGUAGUUGGUGUUCUUGGACAACCCUUGAUGCUCUCGGAUUGUCCAAUCCAGCUUCAGCCGUUCAUGAUGGAACUUGCGGCGAUUGGGAGGGAUUCGAAGGAACUCGAAGCGGAAGACGAUAGAACAGCGAUGCAAUAUGCGCAGCAGGGAAGGGAUAUACCAGCGCCAAGGAUGGAGAGAGUUCGGAAAAUCUUAGAAGAAGGUGUUGGAUACAGUGAUCGCCACCGGGACGAAGCAAACGGCAGGCGAAGCGUUGAGGGAAAAGCCGUUGCGUUCGCGAACCGCAUCAAUGCCCUUAGUCUGGGUAUGACUAAGUUGAAAGCGUUCAGGGAACGGCAGGAAUAUGUCUUCACAGUCCUUGCAGGGAUAGGUUCGAACUGA